AUGUCGACUCGUAGACGCAGUCGCGGGCGAGGUAGAGGCAGAUUAGGAAAUGCUACUCCUGAAGCGAUAGGGAAUAAUCCUAUCCCUGUAGACUUUAUGGCUGCCCUGGGGAACAUGGCUGCGGCUAUGCAGGCGACAGCUAAAGCUCUGGGAAAUCAGAUAAACAAUGGGAACCAUUGGAAUAACAAUGAAGAUGGCCUUAUGACGCUUCCCACAUUCCUGAAGGUUCACCCUCCGACCUUCCGGGGAACCUCAAACCCCAUUGAGGCCGAUAACUUGAUCCAAGCUAUGGAACGGGCGCUACAGGCUCAACAGGUUCCUGAAGAGCAGUGGGUUGAGUUUGAAACUUAUCAGCUGCAAGGUACUCCAGAGGAUUUUGCUGAGUGGAAGUGCAUCAAGUAUGAGGGAGGUCUCCAAAGUGAUAUUCUGAGCUCCGUUGCACCAACGGAGAUCAGAGUGUUCUCUAAACUUGUAAACAAGAGUAGGGUGGCUGAAGAAUGUGUGAGGAAGGCGGCAGUAAAGAAAGGAAGAUCUGAUUUGCCUGCCGAUGAAUGGUCAGAAGUUCCUGUCGUGAUGAAUCACUAUUAUUUGAACUUGAUGAUGGUGAAUUGUUCUGGGGAUGAAUGUCAGGGUAUUAUGCUGCUAACCAUGGGAAUUUCGGGUGAUGAUCAAAGCUUGGACAAAUUUCGGUUGUUUCUGAAUAGGAUUACUGUAAAGAAUAAAUAUCCGAUGCCAAGAAUUGACGGCCUAAUGGACCAGUUACAAGGAUUCGGUGUUUUCUCUAAGAUUGAUCUGCGAUCCGGAUACCACCGGAUAAGAGUCAAAGAUGAGGAUAUUCCCAAAACUGCCUUUAGGACGUGCUACGGUCAUUAUGAAUACACGGUGAUGUCUUUUGGAUUGACUAAUGUUCUGGAGAUAUUCAUGGAUUACAUGAAUAGAAUUUUCCAUCCGUAUCUGGAUAAGUUUGUUGUCGUGUUCAUCGAUGACAUUCUUAUUUACUUUAAGACAGAAGAUGAGCAUGCAGGUCACUUACGGACUGGGAUAGCAGUUGAUCCUGCUAAGGUUGAAGCAGUGAUGAAUUGGGAGCAACCAACUUCAGUGACGGAGAUCAGGAGUUUCCUAGGUUUGGCGGGUUAUUAUCGGAGAUUCAUUAAGGGAUUUUCACAGCUCGCCUUACCUUUAACCAAGCUGACUAGGAAGGAGGUACCUUUACUUUGGACUCCUAAGUGUGAAGAGAGUUUUCUUGCAUUGAAGCAGAGAUUGACUACCGCACCCGUGUUAGUGUUGCCUGAGCCGAGUGAACUGUUCAAAGUGUACUGCGAUGCAUCACUGAAGGGUUUAGGGUGCGUGCUGAUGCAGCACCGUAAGGUCGUGGCAUAUGCCUCACGACAGUUAAGGCCGCAUGAGAUGAACUAUCUGAAUCACGACUUAGAACUUGCUACUGUAGUAUUUGCUUUGAUGAUUUGGAGACACUAUCUCCACAGCAUUAAGUUUCAAGUUUUCUCAGAUCACAAGAGCUUAAAAUACCUUGAGUCAAAAGUCUCUAUGCGCUGCUUAGAUGAUGCUGCGAGAGGAAGAGUUAUUAAAAGCAUUCCAAGGAUUGAAAUUAAUGACAAAGAAUUGUAUAAGAUUUUGCCGGUGAUUGAGCAAGGCAAACGGUGGAGAGUGUCAGAAGAUAAGAAUGGUUUAUGGAGGUUUAAGGACCAUAUUAUUGUGCCAAAUGUCAAAGACUUGCGACAAAUCAUCUUGAAGGAAGCUCAUAAGAGCGGAUUCUCAAUCCAUCUGGGAAGCACCAAGAUGUAUCAAGAUCUGAAGACGAUGUUCUGGUGGCCAGGAAUGAAAAAUGAUGUAGCGUCGCACGUUUUCAAGUGCCCAACUUGCCAGAAAGUUAAAAUUGAACAUCAGAGACCAUCAAGAAUCCUUCAGCCUUUGGAGAUUCCAUAG